ACGGCGGCGGACCCAGGCCGGAGCCCCAGCCCGCGAGGCGUGUCCGACUCCCGGGAAGCGUCGCCGGGAGGUCCCGGAGCCGGCGGGCAUGGAGCCGUGGAAGCAGUGCGCGCAGUGGCUCAUCCACUGCAAGGUGCUGCCCGCCAACCAUCGGGUGACCUGGGACUCGGCGCAGGUGUUCGACCUGGCGCAGACCCUCCGCGAUGGAGUCCUGCUCUGCCAGCUGCUCAACAACCUCCGCGCGCACUCCAUCAACCUGAAGGAGAUCAACCUGAGGCCGCAGAUGUCCCAGUUUCUCUGUUUGAAGAACAUCCGGACAUUUCUUACAUCCUGUUGUGAGACAUUUGGAAUGAAGAAAAGUGAACUCUUUGAGGCAUUUGACCUGUUUGAUGUUCGUGAUUUUGGGAAGGUUAUAGAAACAUUGUCUCGACUUUCUCGAACACCUAUAGCAUUGGCCACAGGAAUCAGACCCUUCCCGACAGAAGAAAGUGUUAAUGAUGAAGACAUCUACAAAGGCCUUCCCGACUUAAUAGAUGAAACCCGAGUGGCAGAUGAAGAAGAUCUCUAUGACUGUGUUUAUGGAGAAGAUGAAGGGGGAGAAGUAUACGAGGACUUAAUGAAAGCAGAGGAACCGCACCAACCUAAAUGUCCAGAAAAUGAUAUACGGAGUUGUUGCCUAGCAGAAAUUAAGCAGACAGAAGAAAAAUAUACAGAAACUUUGGAGUCAAUAGAAAAAUAUUUCAUGGCACCCUUGAAACGGUUUCUGACAGCCGCGGAAUUUGAUUCAGUCUUCAUCAACAUUCCUGAACUUGUAAAAGUCCAUCGGAGCUUAAUGCAAGAGAUUCAUGAUUCCAUUGUAAAUAAGAAUGACCAGAAUUUAUAUCAAGUUUUCAUUAACUACAAGGAAAGGUUGGUUAUUUAUGGGCAGUACUGCAGCGGAGUGGAGUCAGCCGUCUCUAAUUUAGACUACAUUUCUAAGACAAAAGAAGAUGUCAAACUAAAAUUAGAGGAAUGUUCUAAGCGAGCAAAUAAUGGGAAAUUUACUCUUCGAGAUCUGCUUGUGGUUCCUAUGCAGCGCGUCUUAAAGUAUCACCUUCUUCUUCAGGAGCUGGUCAAACAUACCCUGGAUCCUACGGAGAAGGCAAACCUGAAGCAGGCUCUUGAUGCAAUGAAGGACUUGGCACAAUAUGUGAAUGAAGUGAAAAGAGAUAAUGAGACCCUUCGUGAAAUUAAACAGUUUCAGCUAUCUAUAGAAAAUUUGAACCAACCAGUUUUACUGUUUGGACGGCCUCAAGGAGAUGGAGAAAUUCGAAUAACUACUCUGGACAAGCACACAAAACAAGAAAGGCAUAUCUUCUUAUUUGAUCUGGCCGUGAUUGUUUGUAAGAGGAAAGGUGAUAACUAUGAAAUGAAGGAAAUCAUAGAUCUGCAGCAGUACAAAAUAGCCAAUAAUCCUACCACGGAUAAGGAAAAUAAAAAGUGGUCUUACGGCUUCUACCUCAUCCAUAUCCAGGGACAGAAUGGGCUAGAAUUUUAUUGCAAAACAAAAGAUUUAAAGAAAAAAUGGCUGGAACAGUUUGAAAUGGCUUUAUCUAACAUAAGGCCAGACUUCGCAGACUCCAAUUGCCAUGACUUCAAGAUGCACACGUUCACUCGGGUCACGUCCUGCAAGGUCUGCCAGAUGCUCCUGAGAGGAACAUUUUAUCAAGGCUAUUUAUGUUUCAAGUGUGGAGCAAGAGCCCACAAAGAAUGUUUGGGAAGAGUAGACAGUUGUGGCCGAGCGAAUUCUGGUGAACCAGGGCCGCUCAAACCAUCAGAGAAACGGACCAAUGGACUCCGAAGGGCUCCCAGACCAGUGGAUCCAGGUUGGCCAAAGAUGCAGGUCAUUAGGAACUACACUGGAGCCCCGCCUCCACCUCUUCAUGAAGGACCCCCAUUGCAUAUCCAGGCUGGAGAUACUGUAGAACUUCUGAGAGGAGAUGCUCACAGUCUGUUUUGGCAGGGUAGAAAUUUAGCAUCGGGAGAAGUUGGAUUUUUCCCAAGUGAUGCUGUCAAACCUUCUCCAUGUGUGCCCAAACCAGUAGAUUAUUCUUGCCAACCCUGGUAUGCUGGAGCAAUGGAAAGAUUGCAGGCAGAGACUGAACUUAUUAAUAGGGUAAAUAGUACUUACCUUGUGAGGCACAGGACCAAAGAGUCAGGAGAAUAUGCAAUUAGCAUUAAGUACAAUAAUGAAGCAAAGCACAUCAAGAUUAUAACAAGAGAUGGCUUUUUUCACAUUGCAGAAAAUAGAAAAUUUAAAAGUUUAAUGGAACUUGUGGAGUACUACAAGCAUCACUCUCUUAAAGAAGGUUUCAGAACCUUAGAUACGACGCUACAGUUUCCAUAUAAGGAGCCAGAACAGGCAGCGGGACAGAGGGGUAAUCGAUCGGCCAACAGCUUGCUAAGCCCCAAAGUGUUGGGCAUUGCCGUCGCUCGGUAUGACUUCUGUGCGAGAGAUAUGAGAGAACUGUCCUUGUUGAAGGGAGAUGUGGUGAAGAUUUACACAAAGAUGAGUGCCAAUGGCUGGUGGCGAGGAGAAGUCAAUGGCAGGGUGGGUUGGUUUCCAUCCACAUAUGUAGAAGAGGAUGAAUAAGUUCCAAUCCAGCAUGGCACCCUGCACCAAAUAUCUCAGAAAAGGGAUAAACAGAAGCCUGCACAGCAUUAUGAAUUAACUGAAGUGUGUUUUUUUUUAAAGCUGCAUUUCUGGCUUUUCAACAUCCUCCCUCCCUUUUUCCCUCUCUUAAGUCUUAAUGCUGGGCUUUCUAAAGAUGCUGGUACUGACAGAUUAAUGGCUUGCCUAGAGCUGUGCAAGAAACAGCCUGCCAGUCUGUCAUUGUCAUAGACCAGGGCAGAGCCAAAAGUUUUUCUUCCCAAAGGAGCCCUGCAGAACACAUUGGUUCAGCUUUCUCUUUAUUUCAUUGAGUCAGACAACAUAAAUGUCUGUCAUUAGUAAAUGUCAGAUGCAUAUUUACUUCCAUUCUUACAUGACUUUCCCCAAAACUUUUGAUGGUACCAAGAAGGAGAAGGUUGAUUUUGCCUUUUUCAGCGUGAAGAAAAAUCGUGGAGUUCUGCUGAUUGGAAAAGAUCCACCCUGACUGGAAAGAUCCAGUAUGUCUUGUCUUAAAUUGUUCAACAGGUGACUCAUUGCCCAGUAAACACUUUUCCCCACAGAUGUUACUCAUGAUAAAAUAUGAGAAGCAAAUGUUCAGGUUUGCACAUAAGUGAUCUAUUCCAAAAGGGUUUAAUUAUUCCUUUGAUGUCCCAAUUACAUUUGCAACCUCUUUAUUAAAAAAGGGGGGGUAGGGAGCAGGGAGGAGGGACAAAACACAUGAAGGUGUCUCCACAUUAAAUCUUCAAAACUUUCAUGAUUUUAUAGGGUCCUAUUGGAAAUGUCACGCUAGACUUGAUGAAAUAAGUUUUGGCUAGAUUUCUUAUCGUGGUUGUUGAGAGCCUGAGUAAGGUGGUAUUGUUUACAGAAACUGAUCAAGGGCUAUAAUUUAGAGUAAAUCUUUUUUAUAACAGCAAUAUCAAUUAACACAUGCCUUUCCCCUACUAGAGAGACCCCAGAACAUAUUAACUGAUUCCCACAUUUUCCUCUGAGUGUCUAGAGUUGCACAAGCAGCUUUGCUGAGGAUUUUGGAAGGAACGCAUAUUUGGGCUUUUUAUGUAUUUCAGGGCCAGAAGGAAGAUCACUAGAUUUUUAAAUUAAAAAAAAUUUUUUUGCUUCCAGGUCUUCUCAGUCUUCUCUUCUGAAAUCUGUCCUGGGUGUAUCUUAACUGGUGGGUUUGAUGAGUUUCACAGUGCAUUUCUUUUUCCAACCCUUCCCUUUAUGACAUGAGGAGUCUCUCUAUAUAUUCUUCCUGGAAUGCACUGAGUUCCCAGUUAAGGCAGUCAAGUUCAGACACUACCUUAUCCUCCUAGCUGAUGCAGUAUUUCCUCUAUUGCAGAAGUCAUGUUCCUGACAAAAUUCUGAGUGUUUCUUUCUGGGAAUAGCAGACAUUCAAAACACUCACCUCAGAGCCAAACUAAGAGCAUUCAGUUGUGAAAUGUCUUGAUCAUCUCUAAAAUGAGGGAGCUGUGGUCUGCCCUCUCCCUAACCCACUUGGGGUGCCUACCCUGGGUGUUCCAUGGACACCCCUCUCAAUUAGAAACCCUCAUGGGCUAGGCCUUCUCCUCUAGGAUAGAUUCAAGACCUUUACCUCAGAAUUAUGUAAACUGUGAUUGUGUUUUAGAAACAAUUAUUCUUUGCUAAAGCUAGACUUUUUGUAUAUGUGUAAAUGAUCAUGAACAUGUAUUUUAUAAAGUGUCCUGUACAGUAAACUUGCCCCUGCCAACGUAUAUAUUUUUGGAAAGGAUUCUUUCUCCUCAAGUCUUACCUGUGACUCUGUCUUGAGAAUGUUUCCUCUGUGAUUGUCAGCCAAGAGGUUGCUAUGGAGAAAGCACAGCAUCCCACAAAUUAAGACACUCCUGUGUAGAGUACUGUAGCAUGUAUUGUUUAUUCUGGUCAGUGGACUCCCCGCCUUCCUUAUAAAUGGUGUGUGGUCUUCCUGUUGCAUUUCAUUGGUUGAGGGGGUUCAUAGCAGAGGAUAUUAGAAGAACUCCUUCUCAUGAUAUUACCAAUCACAUCUUUGGUCUACGUUUCAUACUUUUUAUUGGAGACUUCAAAUGCCGUAGAUUUGUGUAGAUUUCUAAUACCAAAGACAGAAGUAAAUGGUUUCCAUGUACUAUGUUUUGCCUGUAUGCAGCCUUCAUGUAAUAGGUGAAUUAGAAACGUAUCUUAUUUUGUAAUAUAUUGUAAAUAUGUCAAUACAAUAAAUAGAUACUUCUUACCUGUAA